CGCGCGCCGCGCUUCCGGGGCGCGGGAGCCGAGCGAGGGCGUUGCUGCGCGGCCGCGGCGGGAGGGAGCCCGCCGGAGGCGCCCUCCCAGGCACCGGCCCAUGCUGACCCCGCUGCGUCGAUGCCAUGAGCAACACCACCACGGUACCCCUCGCCCCCCAGGCCAGCAGCGACUCCAUGGUGGGUUACGUGCUGGGGCCCUUCUUCCUCAUCACCCUGGUCGGAGUGGUGGUGGCUGUGGUAAUGUACGUGCAGAAGAAAAAGCGGGUGGACCGUCUGCGCCACCACCUGCUUCCCAUGUACAGCUACGACCCAGCUGAGGAGCUGCAUGAGGCCGAGCAGGAGCUCCUCUCCGACGUGGGGGACCCCAAGGUUGUCCAUGGCUGGCAGAGCAGCUACCAGCACAAGCGGAUACCACUGCUGGACGUCAAGACCUGAGCCAGCCCCUGGGCCCUGCCCCGUGAACUUGUGCAGGGC